CAAUCUGGGCAACCUCUCGGUUUCCUGGAUUCGUCACCGAGACCUGCAUAUAUUGUCCGUUGGCUCGCAGACCUUCACGACCGAUUCCAGGUUCCAGGCAAUGCCAAACGAGGGAACCGGGAACUGGCUGUUGAGGCUCAGGUACGCUCAGCCGAGAGACACCGGACAAUACGACUGCCAAGUCUCCUCCAAACCUCCGACGACGCGGACCAUGCAUCUCACGGUAGUCGAGCCGCAAGCUAAGAUCCUUCGAGCCCCUGAGAUGCACGUUGGCUUAGGAUCCCUAAUUAACCUCACCUGUAUCGUCCUUUCGUCACCUGAGCCCCCUGAUUUUCUCUACUGGUACCAUAAGGAACAGAUAGUGCAUUCUGACGGCGAGAGAAUAUCCAUCCGCACGCACCCUGGAGGAAGCAUGAGUCAGCUGGUGGUGAAGGAAGCUACUGCCAAGGACUCCGGAAUCUACACCUGCAGUCCCGCUCGCUCCAAGGAAGACUUCAUCACCGUUCACGUGCUCACAGGGGAAUAUCCGGCAGCCAUGCAGAGGGGAUCCUCACUCACCUACGGCGGACGCCACUACUGGACGAGCAUGUGCGUCUGCUUGUCUGUGUUUCUGUCAACCUUCUUCGUAGGUCAGCAUUCCGGCUGCAAAAUCGGCCUCGUCUCUGCAGCCGCCAUGCCGUGUGUCGUCGUCGUCAUGAUGUUGACCAUCUUGCACUAUUUUUAUAUGUAAAUAUAACCCUUGCAAUGUUUUUUGGACUAAUUACACUAUUUUUAUAUGUAAAUAAGAUGUUUUUUUCGA